AUUGCAAGGUACGUAAACUGUUCACACUUCUAACGUCACUGUGCAAAAUAUCAUUGCUGUAAAUUAUUUUUUUGUGUAAAGACGUUAUGGAUGCCAAUAACGUUGUAACAGCGUUCCUAGAAUCAGCCAACAAAUACGCUUUGUCUCAAACGGAUGAUAAUAUUAAACAUUUACAACGGAAUUUGCAAAUACUAGUUUGCUUGACAGCUGAUAAAUCUCAUCAUAAUUUUUUUAAAAUUCGUUCUCCCAUCGCUUCCCAAUGCAUAACGCAUAUUGUAAAUGUAUUUCUGGAUGGUAAUACAAAGAGCUGUUUGAUAUCACGUUCUGUAUCUGUGCUUCAAAAUUUAUCAAAGGAUGUUUAUUUAAAUAGAACUUUGCAGACUACAUUUCAUCUGCAUUCUGCAAUAUCCAUAUUUUUGCAAAAUUAUGGUAUUAAUGUUAAAGAUGCAUUAGUUUUACAGUGUUUUCAUUUACUCGAAAAUGUUACUUAUGGUGUUAAAAUCGAUUACAUAGAAAGUCAGUUUGAAAAUUUAAUUGGUGUCCUUUUAAAAUCUUUGGAAGAUGAAUCAUCACAACUCAGGAAAACUUGUAUACAUAUUUUAUCAAAUGUAUGUCGUCAGAAUACAAGAGUUCAGAACUAUAUCUGUAGUAUACCUGAUAUCAAACAAGUGAUAAAAAGGCUUGUUACCAUGCUUGAUAAUGAAGAACAUAGUAUUAUAUUGUAUGCCUUAUCAAUACUCGCAACUUUGACUCCUCACAUUUCUAUUGGAAAUAAGUUAUGGACUGAGGAGCAUCUAAUGAUGACCUUUGAUCUUAUCAUCAAAGUUUUAUUUAGUAUGGAUGAAAAAUGUGCCACUGCCGCCUUAGACCUUUUUCUUGACUUAAUGGAGGUGCCAAAAUAUCAGCAAUGUUUUAUCCAGUCUCUGAAAUUCACAAGAUGCCUGAAAAAAAUUUCUAAGGCUUUAUAUGCUGAUGCCACUCCUCAUACCGUUUUAUAUUUAAAACUUCUUCUUUCUUUAAUUAAAUUAUCUGAGAGUUCGGAAAAAUUAUUUUCCAUUUUGUGUUUUCCUGAUACCAUUGAUGGCAAGUCUGGACGAAUUUUAGUAAUCCAUCCAAAAUUGGGCAAAUGGUGUGUUGAAAGUAAUAAUGUGGAUCAGACUAUGUUGAAAAUUUCUUUACAGCUGUUACAAUUUAUAAUUAAUUUUUAUUUAGACAAGAAUUUUGAAUGUAUUGAAGGUAGUGUGAAAAGUAUAUUGAAGGAUAUUUUAGAAAGAAUGUGUGUGCCUUUAGUUGGAGAUUUUUAUUCAUUUGAAGAAGAAUUACAGACUAAACUUGUGACUUUUGAAAUUAUGCUUUCACUGUGUCAAAAGACUGAUUUCAAAAAUUUUAUUUCUGAGCAUUUAAACAUCCAUGUUCUUGAAGAAAUGGCUGAAAUAUUACUAAGUAAACAAACCAUAGAUGAUUGUGAUUCUCGAGAUUUGGGUACAGAUCUGUUUCUGGUUAUUGUUGAAAUUAUUUCUUUAUUUUCAAAUCCAGACUCUAAUCAGUUUCUUUGCAGACUUUAUAAUAAUAUAAACGUGAUGCAAUUACUUGCAUGUGCAUUAACUUCAAACAGUGCUCAACGUAUUAAUAGAGGCUUAUUAUUAUUAUCAUUAAGCAAUGGUAAAUGUCCAUUGAAUAUCCUUAGUGAACGUUUGCUUGUUCGAAAUUCAAGUGUUCAGCGCAGUGGUAAUCGAAAUUCUGAUGUAACAGAUUCACCCUCCUUUCCAAGUGAAAAUUUACAGCCAUCUGUAAAGAACUCAAAUAAUAGUGAUAAAGAAAAAGUUUUUGAUUCAUUAAUAAAGAAAAUGGAAAAAGGAUUUAAGAUUAAAGAAUUAAAAUCAUCUGAAAUAAUGGAAAUAUAUGAAUAUAAAAUUGCUAUGUUAACGUUGAGGGAGCAAGAACUGCAGAGCUAUGUAGAUGCUAAAUCUGCAUCAUUAUUAGAAGCUGACAGAGUUAUUACUCAGUAUAAAUGUCGCCAAGCUGAUGCAGAAGCAGAAGCUUUGAAAUUGAGAAGUAUGUUAAAAGACUAUGAAAAGCUGAAUGAAAUAUCUGUUGAAAAACUCACACAAAUUGAACAAAGGAAAAAAGACCUUGAAACAGAACUAGAAACGGCAUUUUAUGAAAUUAAAGUUUUACAGGCAAAUUUGACUGAACAGAAAGAACUAAUGGACGUUCAGAUGGCUAGAGUAUGCGAUCAAAAGAGAGUAAUUGAAGAAGAAAAAAUAAAAUUAUUUGAACAGAUAGCUCUCAAAGAUCAAGAAAAAAAAUUAUUCAUAAGUCAACUUCAGCAAGUAAGAGAAGAACUGAAAAGUAAAAAUGAAGCAUAUGAAGAUUUAAAAGAAUCUCAUGAAGACUUACAAAAGUUGUUAGAAGAGUCAAAGAAGUCUUUAGAAAAGCUGAAGCAAAAUUCUGAGCAAAAGCAGUCAAGCUUGCAGAAAACCAUUGAUGCUGCUCAAGAAGCAAUUAGUCAACUAGAAGAAAAAAAUGAGACCUUAAGAAAGGACAUGGUUAAAAAAGAAGAAGACUUUUCUAACAGAAUCUUAGAUCUAGAAGAUGAAAAAGAAAAAUUUACUGAAAUGAUAAAACUAAAAAAUGCAAAACUUGAAGAUCUAAACGAAGCUGUUAAAAAAUUAAACGAAUCAAUAAAUGUUAAAAACAUAGCACUACAGGAAUUGGAAAUUCAUUCUGAAAAACUUAGAAGUACAUUGAAAGAAACAGAUAACCAGAGAGUUAAAUUAGAGAAUGACAUCAAAAUUUUGGAAGUACUUUGCAAGCAGUAUGAAUCAUCUUUGGAAGAAAAAGAUUCUCGAAUCAAUGAUAUGACAAAUGAACUAGAAUUAUUACAAAAAAAUUAUGAAGAUGUAAUGCAAGAGAAAGACUCAGAAAUUAAUGAUUUAAAAGCUGAACUUGAAAAGCAUAAGCAAAUAACAGGAAUGAUUCAUCAGUUAACUAGUGGAAAAAUUUGCCCUCCAAAAUCUGAAGGAAAGUAAUGCCAUUUUAAUCUUUUUUUUUAUAUUUUCCUUUUAGUUUAAAAGAACUAAUAUAGGGACUGCAUUUGAAAAAUUCUUUUUAUUUUUAGAAAAAAAAUUGUUAUUCUCUUUAAAAGAAAACUACU